GACAUGUGAACGAUUGACGAUUAAUUUGUUACCUUUGGAACCGCGUUUUAUUACUCAAUAAUAUUGAUGAGCUUAUUUGGCUGCGUACGACUGAUAAGACCACCUUCAACAUUUGUACACAAAACGAGGGCAGUACAAUGUUAAGGCUAGCCUUGUGGUUGCGUUAAAUGCUGCAUGUUUUGUCAUACUUCAACUCAGCGUGAAGCGAUCGGCCUGACCCCGGAUUUUGGUUUGUUGUUCCUCCUCGAACGGAAACAGGAGUGUCAAUCGUUUGCAUCGACGACAACUGGAUUCUUUUUACUUCUUCACCCUUGCUGGCUAAGGUCUGCGCACCAGGCUACAUGCGCUACUCACAUACAACCGUCGACACCAGAAGAAUUUCUUAAUUAAGUCGUCUUGCGCGGAAUCUAAUGGCAUGUAUCUUUUUUAAAUAUUUUAUCUCAGGACUUGGCAGUCACGUCAUCGGGUCUUGUCGAGUAUUAGCUGAACUCAAGCUUCGGUAAUCUAGCCGUUACCCGAGUGACCCUAACGUUAUUCGCAUCGAUCGUUCCAAAUUCGAAGACUUUAUCGUCAUACUGAAAACCGCAGCACUUGUAGCUUGAAGUAUAUUUGUACUGCGGAGCGAUGGCCGAGGCUAUGUUUGAUUUUACAUUGAAAGUUGAAAAGCCGGAUGAUUUAUUGGUCAAUGCCAACGACGAUAACGGUAAACAACGCAAGAAGCGCAGAAGAAAGGCAAGGCUUACAGGCCUCAGUCAACAAAGACGUUGGGCGAACGAACGAGAGAGACAUCGUACACGACGCGUGAAUGAUGCCAUCUAUGCCCUACGCGACCGUCUGCCGGAUUUCCUCAAUCCUCUGCACAUAAAGCUCUCAAAGAUGGAGACGAUUUGCUUGGCAAUCAGGUAUAUCCGUCAGUUAAAGGAUAUGCUUGAAGAAGACGACCGAAGCCGUAGCUCCAGUGACUUUGAAGGCAUCGACACGGACCUCUCUCCACAACUCUCCAGCGAUUUUUCAACAGAUGGGGAUUUCGAAGAAUUAUUCAAAAUGGACACUUCAUUUUUGUUGUCGAGCUCGCCGUCCUCAGAGUUUCUAGAUAUUGAUGAUACAGAAGAUGUAUUCUGGUGAUCAAGAAUUUUAUUUCAUAUAUAUAUAGUCCAUUUUUAUACAACUAUAAGGACAUAUUCACGACGCGAACGUUCCGACCUUUCCACAUUUAUAUAUAGCUAGUUAGAGGGUGGUUGAUAUGUAUAUGAAUGGCAAAACUGCGCUAAGACGAGGGCCACGAUUUUAUUUGAUUAGUCUAAUCAAACCGAUCUUAAAUUUUUGUCUGUGUUCGGCUUGCAAAUCCCGCUGACUGGCAUUCGGCUAAGCCAGAUUAUUCUGAGGUAAAGCCAUUUGCACAAUAUGAAAUGAGCCGACAUCACAUGACUCAACCUACCCCUCGAGUCAACACCGUCGUACAAUGUGUACGCUACGCCUACAAUGUAGGAUAAGAGCAGUUUUGUCUCAUACAACGAGCCCCCUUAUUUAAUAGACAUAGAGAUGCAGAGUUCCAUUGGAAACCUACACGUCUUCAGUAAGGAGAGUUGCACAUUUGAACUUUAGAAGUUUGCAUGACACUUUAAGUGAACUCGCGCGUUCAUAAUGACAUUCAGUCUGGUGUAAAAACGUCCAACGAACGUACUUCACGCAUCGUAUAGACUCUCAGCACGUCCGCCUGAAUGUAACGCAAGUAAUAAUGGAAUUUCCUCGAGUUUAUGUUGAAAGCGCCUGUACAUAGAUCAUUAAAAUGACUUAUUUGGAUUAUAGGAAUUUUUUUGAUAAUCGAGAUAUUUUUAGAGAUGUAUUAAAAAUAUAAAAGAGUAUCGGAAACUGGGUUUUAAUCAGCUUCCACGCAAAAUAUUCACAUUUUGCGUAGAUUAGAACCCGGGUCAGAGGCUAGUCUAAAUCAAUAAAAGUUACG